UGGCAAAUGAUCGGAGAGUUUGAGCAGGCAGUCUUUGCGGUGGGGUACGUGUGCGCAUUUCUGGACAAGUAACUAACUAUCCACCCUGGUGUAGAGUUGCGCUGGCAAGAAAGUGAAUACAGUGGAGGAGCCUCUACGUCCACCACCAAAAAGGGGAAAAUUGGGGCUGUGAGCAUGGCGGUCGAAGAGGAAGGACUUCGAGUUUUUCAGAGCGUCAAAAUAAAAAUAGGUGAAGCAAAAAACAUCCCUCCAUAUCCUGGACCCAACAAAAUGAGGGACUGUUACUGCACCGUCAACCUGGACCAGGAGGAGGUGUUCCGGACCAAGAUCAUCGAGAAGUCCCUGAGCCCCUUCUAUGGAGAAGACUUUUACUGUGAAAUCCCUCGGAGUUUCCGUCACCUCUCCUUCUACCUCUUUGACAGGGACGUCUUCAGGAGGGACUCCAGUAUUGGUAAGGUGGCUGUGAAAAAGGAGGAUCUGCAGAAGUACCAUGGUAAAGACACCUGGUUCCAGCUGCAGCCCGUCAGUGCCGAUUCAGAAGUGCAGGGGAAGGUCCACCUGGAGCUACGUCUGAGUGAGGUCAUCACAGACAGCGGUGCCAUCUGCCACAAGCUGGCCACACGUGUGUUGGAGUGCCAAGGCUUGCCCAUUGUCAAUGGACAGUGUGACCCGUACGCCGCUGUUUCCCUGCUUGGGCCAUCCAGGUCAGAGGCCAAGAAGACCAAAGUGAAGAGGAAAACCAACAACCCCCAGUUUGAGGAGGUCUUCUAUUUUGAGGUGACAAGGCCGCUCAGCUACACCAAACGGCAGUUUGAUGUUGAGGAGGAGGAUGUGGACAAGUUGGCACUCAGGGUGGACCUGUGGAACGCGAGCAACCUGAAGUUUGGGGAUGAGUUCCUGGGAGAAGUGCGCAUCCCGCUGAAGGUGCUGGGCCAGUCAGGCUUCCACGAUGCAUGGUACUUCCUGCAGCCCAGGGAUAACGGCAGUAAGUCGGUGAAGCCAGACGAGCUGGGCUCACUGCGCCUCAACAUUGUUUACACCGAGGACCACGUCUUCCCCUCUGAGUACUACAGCCCCCUACGAGACCUGCUGCUCCGCUCUGCCAGCGUGGAGCCCGUCUCGGCGUCCGCUGCGCACAUCCUCGGAGAGGUGUGCCGAGAGAAGCAGGAGGCCGCCAUCCCGCUGGUCCGACUCUUCCUGCACUACGGGAAGAUCGUGCCUUUCCUCAGCGCCAUCGCCAACGCGGAGGUCAACAGGACACAGGACCCCAACACCAUUUUCCGGGGGAACUCGUUGACAUCCAAAUGCAUCGAUGAGACCAUGAAGCUGGCAGGGAUGCAUUACCUGCAGGUCACACUCAAGCCCAUCAUAGAUGAGAUCUGCACCGACCACAAACCCUGUGAGAUCGACCCUGUGAAGCUGAAGGAGUCAGAGAAUCUGGAGACCAACAGGGAGAACCUGCGGCACUACGUGGACCGAAUCUUCAAUGUCAUCACCAAGUCCGGCGUUAGCUGCCCCACCGUCAUGUGUGACAUCUUUUUCUCCCUGAGGGAGUCGGCUGCUACACGUUUCCAAGUGGAUCAGGAUGUCAGGUACACUGCUGUCAGCAGCUUCAUCUUCCUGCGAUUCUUCGCCCCGGCAAUCCUGUCGCCAAACCUUUUCCAGCUGCGGCCACACCACCCGGAUCCCUGCACCUCCCGUACCUUGACCCUCAUCUCCAAGACCAUACAGACCCUUGGAAGUCUCGCCAAGUCCAAAUCUGCCAGUUUUAAGGAGUCGUACAUGGCAGCGUUCUACGACUAUUUCAACGAGCAGAAAUAUGCAGAUGCAGUGAAAAAUUUUCUGGACUUGAUCUCAUCGUCUGGGAGGUGGGACCAGAAGAGCAUUGAGACGCCAAUCAUGCUGAAAGAGGGAUUCAUGAUCAAAAGAGCUCAGGGGAGGAAUCGUUUUGGUCGGAAGAACUUCAAGAAAAGAUGGUUCCGCCUCACCAACCAUGAGUUUACCUAUCAUAAAACCAAAGGUAACUCAAAAGGUGAUGCUGCUCUCUGCAGUAUCCCUAUAGAGAACAUCCUGGCAGUGGAGAGACUGGAAGAGGAAUCCUUCAAGAUGAAGAAUAUGUUCCAGGUCAUCCAGCCAGAGAGGGUGCUGUACAUCCAGGCCAACAACUGCGUGGAGGCACGAGACUGGAUCGACAUCCUCACCAAAGUCAGCCAGUGCAACCGCAAGCGCUUAAGCACUUACCACCCCUCUGCCUACCUCAACGGCCACUGGCUGUGCUGCAAGAUGUCAGCCGACACCGCCCCCGGGUGCACACCCUGCACAGGUGGCCUGCCUGCUAACAUCCAGCUGGAUGUGGAUGGAGACAGGGAAACAGAGAGGAUCUACUCCCUGUUCAGCACCUAUAUGCCCAAACUGGUGAAGAUGCAAGAGGCAUGUGGCAGUAAGUCAGUGUAUGACGGGCCGGAGGAAGAGGAGUACUCCAGCUUCAUCAUCGACGACCCGCAGGAGACUUACAAGACGCUGAAGUCAAUCGUCUCAGCCGUUCACACUCUGGAGCAGGAGCAUGCUCAGUACAAACGGGACAAGUUUAAGAAGACCAAAUACGGCAGCCAGGAACAUCCAAUUGGAGACAAGGGCUUCCAGUGCUACAUUCCCCAGCAGUCAGAGAGCUCGACAUACUCCAUCUGACCACACCCACUGUUGCCAUGGCACCCCCAGGCCUACAAUGCUGCAAGGAAGGUGCCAUGAUGGUUUUCCAGAAGAAGGGAAUUUAUGUAGCAGACUGACAGUUAAGCCCUUCAACGUGAAGUGAAAGUGGACAGAAAAGAAAAAAAAAAUUCAAGCUAACAAGUUCUCCUGUAUGACAUACUAAAAGACAGGUUUUUUCAUGUGACAGUGGUUUUGCACUUUAAUCGUCCUGAACUUUGGAUGAUGUAACUCUGCCUCGUGUCACAUUUUAAAUGUGGUUUUAUUAUGAUUUUUUAAUCCAUUUUGAGGAUCAGUUAAAUGAUCUCUUAAAAAUGUCUUUUAUGGAAACUUUUUUAAAUGUUAAUAUUUCCACCGUAUUUCAAGUCUCGGUGACUAAACUCCAGUUCCACAGAGACAAUGUGUUAUUCACCAGGUGUUUCAGUAAGAGACAGAUGCUGUUUUUGAGAAAGUAUGUUUUUCACCAAGAGGUGAAUGCCUACCUUCAGCAUGUGUCUGUGAGAUCCUGGUAAUUUUUACAGAAUCAAAUACAAAUUAUACCCCUAUUUGCACUCCCAUCGAUUGGUUUGUUAUACAUUUGAAUUAAAAUUUAAACUAACUAAAUAAAUAAAAACUGGAGUUGUAAGCUCCAGAGUAGGACUCGCCUAUUUGUAAUCAAACAGGUGAUGUCUUGCAAGCCUCUGGAACCAACUUCCAGUUCCACAGACAUUUCUUGUGUUCAUGAGGAUAAAGUCUAUGCAUGACCUACACAGAUCCACUGUUCCUUGUGUUAGUUUAAUGGACUGAAAGCAAAUGAGAGAAGAAUAGUGAAUUGCUUUGGUCUUGUGCAAAACUGAUCCACAUGAAUGCAAUUCACGGUGUGUUCAUCAGAUGUUAAGACAUGAACACCGUUUUGCAGCAAUCAUUGGAUAACCUCCUGCAGGCAAAAUGACUUCUUUGUUACAGCAUUUUAUGCCUGUCAUCCUGCAGAAAAACGUCUUGUAACCCUUGUGAUCAUUCCUCAAACCAAUUCUGCUGUGAAAAGUUUUGGUCAAUCCCAGUGGCCUAACAAAGGUACAGAGUGCACAGAUGAGUGCCACAUCACAUUCAGCAUUGUGGGAAAUGUAGUACGUUGUGGUUAUGUUGCUGAAAUGGGCUGAAAUGUCCCUGGUAAUUCCAGCCAUGAUGCUGCCUCUGACAGAGAGGGAUGUGAAACCACUGUAAAAAAAAAAAAUACUGCCCCUUGAAAAACAGCCAGAGAGACAAGAAACUGUGGUGUAUGCUGAAGAACCUGCCCUGUACAUUCUAUGGCAACAUAUUGUAUCUGACACUGUAAGAUACAUCAAGGCUUUGUCUGCACCUCUUAUCCUUGGUCUUUUGUAUUUACAGGGUGACAUAUUCCAGAUACUUUUCUACGCCAUUGUUUCUAUACUUUUAAACCCUAACUAUCUUCACUGUGGGCUUUCUUUAUUUUGCAACAUGAAAAUAUGUUGUUUAUCUUUGUCUUACUGCAUGAAAUCAUCAUUGUGAAAAAAAUGUGAGAUAGUGGUCAGAGAAAUCACUGAGUGUAUGUGCGUGUGUGAGAGAAUGAGCAAAUGUCAAUUAAUGAGCGUGUGAGUGUCGCUGCGCUUGUGAAUGAGUGUGUUGCCCAUAGAAUCAUUUCAGUGUUUUAAUGGCGAAAGUGGGCUGUGGCUAAAAUGUACCUCUGGAUUAAGGGCAGGACAGUUUCUCCCAUGAAAUACAGCUGUACAGGGGGAGGAGUCCCAGUGAACAACGCUCUCUGUGUGUGCCACAGCAAUGUUAACCGGCUGCUGCAACAUCACAGCAACAUUAUGAGAACGUUACAUUUUAGGUUGGGUGGUGUCUCAUGCUUUUCAGAGUAUGCCCUGCACACAACAUUCUCUUUGCAUUUUCACAAUAUUCCUGUGAGGUUGUAAUAGCUGUUUGUUGUGUUAAUCUAUGAAGACAGUCUGUGAGAAGUGGCAAGAAUGUGCUCUCUGUGCUCAACCAGUUUUCCUUUUGAGGACCCUAUACUAAGCCAUGCAUUUAAAUUUGUGAAACUGUAGACCUCCUUCUUCAGACGCACACUGUAAAUUAUGCAAUAAUAAUCUUCAACUAUUAAUGUUUCAGAUGUGCAACUCAUUAAAUUGCCUGAAACCAGUUAGUGAUCACACACCGGAUGUGAUCAGCUGAUUAGACUCCUGACCACCUCCUCAAAGGGAAAACCCCUCCAGAAGUGAUAAACCAUGUAUUUUAUAUAUCAAAAGUAU